AUGGCAUUUCAAACUGCGUUCGUAACUCUCCUGGCACUCACCUACUACGCGACCGCCAGCCACCUACACCCACGCCAAUCGUCUGGAGGAGUCGACAUCAACAACCUCAGCAAGAAUGUCAACGGCACCAGCGGUACCGGAGAUGUCUCCGCUUCGGGAAAUCUUGCGCCAUUUGGAGGAAUUGGUGUUGGAUGUGGUAUAAACUGGGCGGAGGGAGUGUCAUAUGGAGGUGGCCUUCAAGCCGGUUCCUCAAGUUUCGGUCUAGGAGGAGGAUACACCAUUCGACCUGAAGAGAUGGAAGUUGGUGCUGGAAUCGGCUUCACAAAGACGAACUCCAGCGCGAGCAUCCAAUUCACGGGCAGCACAAAUGGGACGUUUGGAUUGACAUUCAGUUCUUCAAGUCCUUUUGUGUGCAUUCCUUCCUUCGAGGAUGGGCAGCAUAGCGUGAAGUGCACGACGGCACUGGGAUAUUGA